UAUCUAUGUUAGUAUCUCCAUCAAGAAGAUUAGUCAAGAGAGACACCAAAUCUAUGCGGCCUUCCGUGUUUUUGAAUGAUUUUGACAUAUCUUCAUUGACUUAAAUAAUAACAGUAAAAAAAGAUGGCAAUCAGGCUUCAAUUAAAACUAUUGACACUCUAGGAUCACAAACUUAAGUGAAUGAAAUAUCAGAAAAUGGAAGCUAAACCUUUUUACCUAUAAUAGAAGAGAAAUCAAAAAUUAGAUUCAUCAAAUAAACUUCUAAUCCAAAACAAUCUAUCACUUCAAGAAAAGUGAUGAUAACAUAAUCCGAUUCUAUAUCCCCUAUAACGAAAUCAGAUAUACAUCUACCAUCAAUCAAUUCAAUACCAACUUCUCCAACUAAGUUUUAAAUUCCAAACCAUCAAAGACAUUUGACUAAUGUUGAAGAAUAACAUAAAAAAGUGGAAUUCAGAAAGUCUAUUUAAGUAAUUGAUUUUAUCAAUAAUAUAAUCACCAAAGAUGUAAUUGAUGGUAGUGUGAAACCAUUAAAAAAAAAAUUUUAGAGGUAACAAACAAAAAUGAUAAGAAAGAAUGAGGACAACAAUCUACAAUGUUGAUUUUUUUAAUCUAAUCUAUAU